GUUGUGUUCCGAUCGCGCCACUGAGAAGUACGAAGUACGGUGAAUCACCACCACCACCAUCUGAGCGUUGACACUUUGCCAGUUUCUCUGCCUUUCAGUCUCUGUUUUAGUCAAAUUCUAGAAUUUGUAUUCGGAGUUGGCAGCGAACUCCCAGCAACAACAGGAACAGCAGCAACGGAAGUAACUGCGUGAACCACCAUAAAACAGAACCUGACCCACAAAAUCUCAUUAGCACAUAUGUAGCAGCGCAUAGCUAGCAAAUCUGAGAAAAGGUCGCACGUUUUCACACCAAUAAUUAUGUUUUUGAAUGACAAUGUAGACCCAGCACAGCAGCAGCAGCAGAAGAAGGCUCCCGGACCAGCGAGUUCGAAUCGUUUCAAUUAGCUUCAAUGUUAAAAUUGCUGUAAACGGAUACACAACUAUGUCCACCACCAACAUCAGCCAUCAGUCGUCCCCGACAGCGGCGACAUGUCAGAGAAAGCAGCAGAGCCGCUGCUUUAAUUUGCGGCAGCAGGUGACGCGGCUGGGCCGGCAGCUGGCCAGCGGCCAGGACGGACACGAGGGCAUAUCCGCAAUUCUGAUUGUGAAUCUCCUGAUAUUGAUCCUGUAGUCGAUUUGCUGCGAAGGGUGUCGCUCUCACGAUGGAAGCCGUUUCAAUUACUCAGGCAUGCCAGAAAAAUUCCGGGACCAUCUGGGUCUGCUCCCAAAGCUGGACAGUGACGUGGUGGAAAAAUUUGCCAUUUGGCACAAGCACGCAGCAGCCGACCCGCCCAGUAUAGUGGAGGGAAUUGCCAUCAGCAGCAUGUCGCGACCAGUACAAGUACCAGCACCGGCACCGUCAUCAAUGCCACCACAAAAACCUACGGCGGCUGGCCCAGAGUUACCAGAGGGUGGAGUCGAUGAGCGUGUGGUCCUGGAACGCGUCACACGUGAGUGUGUGCAGCGUUGCAUUGUAGAGAUAACAUACAAGGGAUUGAAGUACCAUGGCCAAAAAAUGGAUAUGCACAAGGAAAAUUUGUACAUGCUUACAGUUUUCUUUCUUUUAUUUGUAACAUAGCCUAUAUUGUAUAUAAUUUUAUAAAGGGAAUGCUCCUGCAUUUGUUGUGUUCAUGGGCAUGUACGUAUGUUGGCCCUUUUCGCGCUCUUUGAGAACGCUCUUUUAUUUAUGCUCACGAAACAGUUCUUAAUACGUUCCUAUGCCACGAUAUUUUUCGCAUGCGCCAUAAAUUCCUAUGAACGGUUCUUCAUGCAUGCCAAAAAUGUGUUCUGUAAUGCUCUUUCGGAAACUACAACUGAAAGGGAAACCAGAGCGUUUCACGAAAUUGAAAUUACAACAAACACCAUUUCUACAUGCGUUCCAAAAGAAAUGUUCCUACCUAGAUCAAAAAGGACUGAAUUCCGCGUGUUUCACCCCGUGUCACGCGUAAAGAACGCAUUAGAAGAACAGAAGUACUGUUUGGAAGCAACAAAGUCCGACUAGAACUUAUGCAUUUUUAUGUAUGUAUGUGAGUAUGUGAAUGUAAAUGUAUCGUACAUGCAUACAUAAUAGGGGGGCAGUUACAUUUUAAUCAGCGCUUCGGUUACACUUCAUUCAUUAGCGAAACGAAACGAAAUUGUAAUCAACGAUAUCCAGGCCAUGAAUGUACAUGCACACAAUGUAGUUUGCCUUAAUUAAAAUUAAUGAUGAAAGAUGGUGUUCUGUGAUUGCUCUAAAUGAGCAUGACAGCAAGGGGUCUGUAGGAAGAAGGGGAUGUACGGAUUGGGAGCAAGGUUUUUAGGGGAUUAUUUUUCUAAUAAAAAAUGUAUUCUAUUCAAAGCGCU